AUGACCACGAAUAUGAACUUUGGUCCUGAUUGGAUGCGCGGCAGUGCAUCGAAAAAACCUACGGGUUUGGACUCUCAACCUUUGUCGUCGCUUGGCUCGACCUCCUCGUCUCGUUUGUCUUCGUAUUCCCAACCAACGGGAACCCCCGGUCAUUCCCCAUUGACCCAUUCCGAGGGUCACAACGGAUUGAAUCAGCAUUCCCAAUGGCCAUCAUCCACUGCUUUCGCUCCAUUGAACGAUGAACCGUCUCACAGCGAGUCGAUAAACCCUUACAAGUAUUCCAAGGAGUUCAUGCUUAGCUUAUACAAGCCCGUCGAACCUCCCAUGGACUUUGAACGUCAUGAAUAUGUCGUUGUAGAAGACAGCUUGGGUCCAUUGGCUUUCAUCGACUUGACAGACGCCGAGAAAAAACUAUUGUCCGGACCUGUUCAUUCUGAAGUCUCCCGUCGUAUCAUCACCAGCACCAACGACAAAUCCACCAACGGUCAACGCAAUCGGGAAAACUACGCUAGCCCCAUGCAAAGUCCCGCUCCCGACAGUGCUACUACCACACCGGGACGGCCAAACAUGUCACGUACAAAAGGACGUACAGGCGAUUACUUUUCUAGAGAUCGAGAUCUGCAAAGGGUUUACAAUGAAGAUACCCUUAAGCGUCGUGAAUUGACUAGAUCGUCGACGGAUCCUGCUAUUGAAGGCUUGCUGAAACCGAGUGACAAUGAGCAGGAAGGGGCGGCGUGGACGAGUGUAGAGCGGGAUUCUUUUGGUUCAUUUGAUGUCAAUGGUGUAUUCCGCCUCGCUGACGCGGCUGGCUCCGGGUCCGUGGAGGAGGCCGCCACAUCCUGGCAAGGAUCCAGUCUGACCGGUCUCGAUGAAGGUCUCACCGGGAGAAACUAUCAUCAGUCCGACGGCAAACCGUUCAGUAACGGUUUUGAUUUGUCUUCCGGAAAUCUCGGCAGUCUCAGUGGACCAUUGCCCGGUUCGCCCGCCAUCAAUGGCAUGUUUGAUGGAUCCGUGGGCUCGGGUGUGUUUGGAAAAAACCCUCGUUUUGGUGGUGGGGUCGAUACCCCGACCUCUAUUUUCGGUGGUGGCUUGUCGGCGUCGGCAAGUCCCAGUGCUUCGCGAAAACCGGCCGAUCAGUAUCGCUGGUUCUAUCGUGACACUUCCGGUAAUGUUCAGGGACCUUUUGAAGCGCAAGAAAUGCAGGAAUGGUAUAAGCGUCGUUUCUUUUCACCUAACUUGAUGGUCCGACGUGAAGACGAAACCAAUUUCGAACCAUUGAUCGCCUUGGUUCGCAAGGUCGGCACGGAAGAAACGCCUUUCCUCACGGACUUUUCGGGGCCAGCCACCUCGGCUCCGGCUUCGGCCUCGAUCUCGUCGGAUCCAGCUCACAUGCCACUCAACAUCACGUUGCCGCAGCAAUCACGCGGGAUGAUGGAUCAUUUCGGACUCAAUGGAUCAGCUUCCAGCGGGUUGUUGGUGGGAGGAUCCGUGGGUGAUGUCGCUUCACCUGGAGGUCAUCUUUUCGGCAAUGGGCCACCUUCGGCCGGAGGCCUCAACAGCAGCAAGUACCAUCCAUUUGGCGGCGUGGCGUCGAAUUUCAUGAAUCAGCAGCUUGGUUCCAAUCCCGGUUCGCCUCAAUCGCCUUCCAUCUUGCAAGGAGGCGGCAACCAUUUCAAUGCGUUUGGUUCAUCUUUAUUGGGCGGUCCACGGGAAGGCACAUCGCCUUGGCUUGAAACGGCUCGUACCCCAUCCUGGUUGAACAAUAACCCCACUGAUCUAUUUGGUGCGGCCAGUCCUCUUGGCGUGCCUCCUUCAUUGCAACGUCCGUCGCAACCAUCUAGCAUGAACCCGUUGUUCGCUCCCAGUAUGGGCUCGCCCGGUUUGUUCGAUUAUCAACGUGCGAUGAACGAACAACUCGAGCAGCAUCAGCAGUACAUCCAAAUGCUGCAAGCCAAACAGCAACAACACAUUCAAUACCAGCAGCAAUUGCAGCAACAGAUGCAACAACAACAUCAGCAACAGCAACAGCAACAACAACAACAGCAGCAGCAGCAACAACCACAACAACAACAACAACAACCGUCGCCGUCACCGAUGGAGGGGGGAUUUUCAUUGCAGCAACCACAACAGCCGCAGGAGCCACCCUCAUUUUUGAAGAGUGCGUCUUCUCAAGUGUUGGAGCAACCUAUCAGUCGUAUGUCUCCUGUCAUUCGCUCGGCAGCUGUGGGAUCCUUGGGUGGAUGGGGUUCUGCCCCCGGUACACCGAUCAACGAAGCGCCUUCGAGUCCUUGGGGUUCAAUCGUCGGUACAGCCGUUCCCUCCAAGGUGUCGGAAGAACUACAAGCCAAAGCUCCCGGUAGUCAGUCUCCUCGCGUGCCUUUGUCGCCCAAACCCGCCGUGGAGCAAGUCAAGACCCAACGACGUGUAGAAGACGAACCUUCCGUGGUGGCCGAAAAGGUCACAAAAGCAAUGUCUGGACUGCAGUUGGAAGAACCGUCAGACCACCAAGUCGCCAGCCAAGCGUCGUUGCCAGCCAAGACCAGCACCACCACCAGUGCUGCUUCGCCAAAGAAGGCCCACGCUACGGUGACUGCGGUCCCGGUGACGAAACCUGUGGUGUCACUGAAGGAAAUUCAAGCCGAAGAACUUCGUAAACAGGAAGAGGCGAAACAGCAAGCCAAACCCAAUGGUAAUUUGGCGAAACCGACCAAAACAGCCGGAUGGGCCACCACGACGGGAGCUCCUUGGGGUGGAGCCACUACCAAGGGUCCUUCACUUCGAGAAAUCCAGGAAUUAGAAGCCAAAGAAGCUGAGAUGAAGAAGGAAGCCGAAAGGCGAGCGACGGAAGCUUUGCAUUACCCGUCAUCCAAGGAAGAAACGACUGCAGGUACCAUGUCAUGGGGCGUGGUGGUUCCCAACAAGAGCAGCGGCGGUGCGGCCUCUUCGUCAUCGGCGUCUACCACCCCUGCUUGGGGAUCGACGACGGCUCCCAAAAAGACAUUGCGUGAAAUCCAACAAGAAGAAGAAGAAGCGAUGAAAAAGGCCAAAGCCAAGCAAGCAUCCGCCGCCAUGAAUAUCCCAACCGGUGCGACUGGCAAAGCUUACGCUGCCGCAGCCAGCACAAAUGCUCCAAAUGCUAGCCCCAAUGGCGGUGCAUGGAUGACCGUGUCCAAUGUUCGUACGACUCCCAAACCCUCCGUUUCCAUGGCGGCUACGACUGCUACGCGAUCUCCGUCGCAGCACAGUGGAUGGGAAACAGUGGGUACUCCUAAAGCUGCUCCCGUUACCGCUUCGGCGCCUGCUCCUUCAAUGGUUCGUUCCGUGACCCCACGUAAGCCUGAAACAAAUGGUCAAAAGUCCCCAAGUGAUGACUUUUGCCGUUGGUGCAAACAAUCGUUGCGUGGAUUAAACUCGGGUGUCAAUGCCGAGGAGAUUAUGAACAUGCUGCUUUCGUUCCCCUUGGAUAACAGUUCAGCCGAAAUCAUUCAAGACAUCAUUUAUGCCAAUUCGACUUCAAUGGAUGGUCGUCGCUUUACUGAAGAGUUCAUGAAACGUCGCCGGGCGGAUAUGGCCGGUAAACUGCAUGUCACCGUGCCCAUGGGUGGUGUGGAUGGCGAUGAUUCGUCUUUCCAGGUCGUCACAAAGAAAGGAAAAAAGAAGCAACCCGUUGUCUAA